AUAGGAAUUCUCGGCCAAUGAAAGUCGUCUUCUCCAAACUAUACAAACGACGACUCUGAAGCUCUUGCUACAGUUGAAAGCUGUUUGUAAAAGCGAAUAGAAAGGAGAAUAAUUUUCUUUGUUCAGCGUUGGAAAAUCCUUGAUUAUAGAUACAUCAUGCAGAUUUUCGUGAAAACUCUGACUGGCAAGACCAUUACUUUAGAAGUGGAAGCAUCUGAUACGAUUGAGAAUGUGAAAGCCAAGAUCCAAGACAAGGAAGGAAUUCCACCAGACCAGCAGCGACUGAUCUUUGCUGGCAAGCAGCUGGAGGAUGGCCGAACCCUCUCUGAUUAUAAUAUCCAGAAGGAAUCUACACUUCAUCUCGUCCUCAGGCUUCGAGGUGGCAUGCAGAUAUUCGUCAAAACCUUGACAGGCAAAACGAUUACUUUGGAAGUGGAGGCAUCAGAUACGAUUGAGAAUGUGAAAGCCAAGAUCCAAGACAAGGAAGGCAUUCCACCAGACCAGCAGCGACUGAUCUUUGCUGGCAAGCAGCUGGAAGAUGGCCGAACUUUGUCGGACUACAACAUCCAGAAAGAAUCUACACUUCAUCUUGUGCUCAGGCUUCGUGGAGGAAUGCAGAUCUUUGUUAAGACUCUGACAGGCAAGACAAUCACAUUGGAAGUAGAGGCUUCUGAUACGAUUGAGAAUGUUAAAGCCAAGAUUCAGGACAAAGAAGGAAUUCCACCUGAUCAACAGCGACUGAUCUUUGCUGGCAAGCAGCUGGAGGAUGGACGCACACUGGAUUACAACAACCAGAAAGAAUCAACACUCCAUCGUCUCAGAGGGGGCGCGCAGAUUUUCGUAAAUACUUUAACGUACAAAACCAUUACUCUUGAGGUGGAAGCGUCAGAUAUAAUAGAAAAUAACGUGAAAGCCAAGAUCCAGGACAAGGAAGGCAUUCCACCAGACCAGCAGCGACUGAUCUUUGCUGGCAAGCAGCUGGAGGAUGGCCGAACUUUGUCAGACUACAACAUCCAGAAAGAGUCUACACUCCACCUUGUGCUUCGUCUCCGGGGAGGGCAGCUCUGAAUGGUUGAUACCUGUUACUCUUCAGACNNNAUUGAGAACGUGAAAGCCAAGAUCCAGGACAAAGAAGGAAUUCCACCAGACCAGCAGCGACUGAUCUUUGCUGGCAAACAGCUGGAGGAUGGCCGAACCCUCUCAGAUUAUAAUAUCCAGAAGGAAUCUACACUUCACCUCGUCCUCAGGCUUCGAGGUGGCAUGCAGAUAUUUGUCAAAACCUUGACAGGAAAAACCAUUACUCUGGAAGUAGAGGCUUCUGAUACAAUUGAGAACGUGAAAGCCAAGAUCCAGGACAAAGAAGGCAUUCCACCAGACCAGCAGCGACUGAUCUUUGCUGGCAAGCAGCUGGAGGAUGGCCGAACCCUCUCAGAUUAUAAUAUCCAGAAAGAGUCUACACUCCACCUUGUGCUUCGUCUCCGGGGAGGGCAGCUCUGAAUGGUUGAUACCUGUUACUCUUCAGACCAUUAGACUUAGAAAUAUCAAAGAUGUUGCUGUUGCAUUGUUUUGCCUCAAAGGUUCAUUUAUUAGCUUUAAAUAUAGAUUGUAUUGAAAGUGUUUGAUUUCAUACCUUUUUUGCACUUAUGAUUGCUAAUUAAAAUAAAGAACAUUGUAUUGAAAUUUUAUCUCAUUCAAAGUAUUAAUUCCUUGUUUUCCCUAUAAUUUGUGGUGGGCAGCAAUGAAGAUUUGCCAUGCAAAUUUGUGGAUUCUCUGAGGUGUGAAUGGUUGAGACCUGUUGCUGUUAGGAACAUGCAGCUUUUAGAAAUGUAUAAGAUUUUGUUUUACCUCAAAGGUUCAUUAAUUAGCUUUAAAUAUAGAUUGUAUUUGAAAGUGUUUGAUUUCAUACCUUUUUUGCACUUAUGAAUGCUAAUUGAAAUAAAGAACAUUGUAUUGAAAUUUUA